GCGGUUUCUGACGUGUUUCCGGUAUCUCCGGCGGUCUGAUGGAGCCCCGGCCCCCGCCGGCAAAACGGUUGAGGACGUCGUCGGUGGGGGGCGGCUACAGGAGGAACUAUGUGUUCGCUCACAAUAUGGAGCAGCAGCGUAUGGAUCUGCCUAUUUAUCGGGCCCGGGCCAAGCUUAUCGGCCAGCUCCGUCAUUUGGAUACCGCCAUCAUUAUAGGGGAAACAGGUUCUGGGAAGACGACACAGAUACCUCAGUAUCUUUAUGAAGCUAGCAUCGGAGGGUAUGGUGUCAUUGCCAUUACGCAGCCUAGGCGCGUGGCAGCAAUAUCACUUGCAGCAAGAGUCUCGGAGGAAAAGAAAACAGAAUUGGGCACAUUGAUUGGAUACACUGUGCGUUUUGAAGAUCUGACAUCACACAAGAGUAAAAUCAAGUUUUUAACGGAUGGGAUGUUGCUCCGAGAGGCCAUGCUGGACCCUCUGUUGCGCCGUUACAGUAUUGUGAUUCUCGAUGAGGCCCAUGAAAGGACUAUACAAACAGAUGUUCUUUUUGGCAUUGUAAAAAGUGCCCAGAGGAAGAGGAAGGAACUCAGUAAAAUGCCAUUGAAGGUAAUUAUCAUGUCUGCCACGAUGGACGUAGAUCUGUUUUCACAGUACUUCAACCAAGCUCCAGUUUUGUAUCUCGAAGGGAGACAACAUUCCAUUCAGAUCUUUUACACAAAGGAAACUCAGACCGACUACCUCCAUGCCUCGCUGGUGUCAAUUUUUCAGAUCCACCAGGAAGCACAACCCUCUGACAAUGUUCUAGUAUUUCUGACUGGUCAGGAGGAGAUUGAAGCAAUGAGCAAGACAUGCAAGCAAAUUGCGAAGAACCUUCCACAGGGCUCCUGCCAGAUGUCAGUAUUUCCCCUCUACGCAUCACUCCCUCACUUGCAGCAGCUUCGAGUUUUUCAACCAGGAAAGAAGGACUGUCGCAAAGUGAUUCUUUCAACAAACAUUGCAGAAACGUCUGUCACAAUUCCAGGCAUCAAGUAUGUUGUGGAUACAGGAAUGGUUAAAGCUAAGCAUUACACUCCAGAGAGUGGAUUGGAGGUUCUUGCUGUGCAGCAAGUAUCAAAAGCCCAGGCAUGGCAGCGAGCAGGGCGUGCUGGAAGGCAACACGCGGGAAUCUGCUACCGCCUUUACACAGAGGAAGAAUUUGAAAAAUUCAUCAACAUGACCAUCCCAGAGAUACAAAGAUGUAACCUGUCAAGUGUAAUGCUGCAGCUCCUGGCACUCGGCAUUCCCAACAUUCUCACAUUUGAUUUUAUCUCCAAACCAUCUCCAGAUGCUGUGCGGGCAGCCAUUGAGCAACUGGAACAGCUGGGAGCUGUAGAACACAAAGACAACCAGAUCAGCUUGACACCUUUGGGGAAGAAAAUGGCAGCAUUUCCUUUGGAACCCAGAUUUUCCAAGACUCUCUUGGUGUCCCCAGAAUUUCACUGUACUGAAGAAAUCCUGACUAUUGUUUCGUUGCUGUCUGUGGAAAGUGUCUUGUACAACCCCCGAGCACAGCAGGAUGAAGUGCUUUCUGCCAGGCGGAAGUUCAUCUCCAGCGAGGGUGAUCACAUGACCCUGCUGAAUAUAUAUCGUGCCUUUAAAAAUGUGCAAGGGCAAAAGGAAUGGUGCAGAGAGAACUUUGUGAAUAGCCGGAACAUGAUGAUGGUGGCAGAGGUUAGACGCCAACUGCGGGACAUCUGUGUGAAGUUCGGAGUUCACUUGGAGUCUUCCCGUUCGGACACAAGCAAUAUCCGGCGGUGUUUGGCUCACAGUCUAUUUCUGAAUGCAGCAGAGCUUCAGCUGGAUGGGACCUACUUAACCCUUGAUUGUCGGCAUCAAGUGGCUAUCCAUCCCUCCUCUGUCCUCUUCCACUUCAAACCUUCCUACGUCCUGUACAAUGAGCUGCUGUGCACCUCCAAGUGCUACAUGCGAGACCUGUGUGUGGUGGAUCCCGAGUGGCUGUAUGAGGCAGCUCCAGAGUACUUCAGGAGAAAGCUGAAAGGAGCAAAAACCUAAUGGAUCUUGCUUCCGAACGCAGUUGGAAUGAGCACUGCGGAUUUCUGGAGGACUGAUACCCACCAGUUUAAGCUGAACAACCAGCCUGUUUUUAAUCAAUUUUAUACAUUUUGCAGAGUGAACCAAUACAGCUUGCUGCAUUGGGCUUUUCUAAUGCAGCUUUCCAUAAUGACAGCAAAACAGAACUGAAAUGAUAUCAGAAAGAAGGUGUCUUUUUCCCUGCCAUCUAUGGUGCCUGCAGUUGUUUGCUCGUUCGUGGAGAUGUGGAGUGGAGCCUGCACACCAGAACCACUUUGAGUACAGCUGGAAGCGAUGUAAACAGCUGUAACUUUUCAUCAUCUUUUUCCUUGAAUUGUUUUGUCUCAGGGAAGUGUGUGUGUAUUGCAUCGUCAUUCCUGUGUGUCUGAGACUUUCAUGCUGAACUCAGUGGCCUAGAGGAGGAAAAUUAAAUGCUCACUUCUUGAAUGAAC